UUGUUGGGUAGUAAUUUGCAUACAGGCUGUAUAAAUACCGGCGCUGUGGGGCUGGCUACUCAUUCAUCUUUGAGCUGCAUCAGAGGAAGAAAAUGCCCGAACCGAAAGCUGCACCCGCGCCGAAGAAAGGCUCCAAGAAGGCUGUUGCCAAGAGCCAGCCUAAGGGAGGAAAGAAGCGCAGAAAGAGCAGGAAGGAGAGCUACGCGAUCUACGUGUACAAAGUGCUGAAGCAGGUCCACCCCGACACCGGCAUCUCCUCCAAAGCGAUGGGCAUCAUGAACUCGUUCGUCAACGACAUUUUCGAGCGCAUCGCCGGCGAGUCGUCCCGCCUGGCUCACUACAACAAGCGCUCCACCAUCACUUCCCGGGAGAUCCAGACAGCCGUGCGCCUCCUGCUGCCCGGAGAGCUGGCCAAGCACGCCGUGUCUGAGGGCACCAAGGCCGUCACCAAGUACACCAGCUCCAAGUAAACCGAGCCCGUCCCUGCCCCGUCCUUCCAGCAACACAAAGGCUCUUCUAAGAGCCACCCAAAACACCGCAGAGAGAGAUGAAUUCCUGUUUCAAUU